GACUUGGGUCUUAGUUAUGUUUUCCUAAAAUAAAUAUGAUUAUCAUGUUGUCUUAGAAUUUUUUUAUAGAUAUAAAAUUAUUACAUGUGGGAAGGAAGGAUCUGAAACUUAAAAUCUCAACCCAGCGAUUUAAGCGCUUGGCCGCCGAGUACGAUGCUUCUAUUCUUUCUCUGGAUUACAAUUUCUUGAUCAGUAUGAACUCUCUUUGAACAAAAAUUUCGUAAACCUCUUCUGUGUUUCGAUUAUUUGCAUCUGUUUGAACUUCGAAUAAUGUGUUGAAGUGAAGUAGUGAAGCAUGGCAGAAUUGAUUGCAAAAGAUUUCAGCAUAAAUAUGCAAUAUGUCACCCAACAAGCAGUUCACGUACAGAAUCCGCAGUCAGAUUCUUCAGUUCCUCAAUCAACAGUGUCAGACCAGAACGAUCGUAGAGACACGGAUCCGUCAUUCCCAGAUUCUGCAACUCGAAGAGAAUCCCAGUCGACGUCAACUCCGGAUGAAGCUCCGAGUUCAGGAAAUAGAAAGACAAAAACCCCAGAAGCAAAGUUGAGCGAAUCUCCUAGAAAAAAAGCUGAGAAUGGCGAACAAGAAAGCGAAGAAAAAGGUAAAGGUUGGGGACUGUUCAUGUUCAUUAUCUUUCUUGAGUCAACUGUAUUUGUGUGCGUUAUGGGUCUUCUAAUUUCCAGCUUCGCGGUGGAUAAAUUGCAUGAUUCAGUGUUAUGGGAUCUUGGAAUUUGGAAAUGGUGUUUGUUAAUACUGGCUAUUCUGUGUGGAAGAUUGAUUGCUUAUCUGUUAACAGAGGCUAUGCUAUUCUUGAUUUGGAUGUUCUGGCUCGAUGAGAAAGUUCUUUACUUUGCUUAUGGAGUGAAAAAGAGUGUUAUGUUUUUUAUUUGGCUUAGUUUGGUUACUCUGGCUUGGGGCUUGUUGUCUACUGUUGGAGUUAAGCGAAGCAAAGAUACAACCAAGAUUCUACAUGAUGUAACCAAAGGUCUCGGUGGUUGUCUUAUUGGAGCUGCUUUAUGGCUUCUGAAAACUCUGUUAGUUAAAUUAGUAGGUUCUUUACAUGCUACCAAACUGUUUGAAAAGACUCAAGAAGCGAUCCGUCUUCGGAAGGAUCUUCUUGCUCUUUCCAUUUCAAACAUGGCAAUUCAGAACAGUGCUGACAGGAAGAAGGUAGAGAAUGUUUCCAUCCGUCUUAGGAAUCUUGUUAGAGCUAUUUCUAUUGCAGAUAUAAAUGACAUUGACUCCGAGAAACAAAAGGUAAACAAGAUUGCAAUUUGUCAACAGAAAGCUAAUAAAGUUCUUUCCAAGUUGGGGAUAAGGAAAACUGAAGGGAAUGUGGAUAUAGUUUCUACCAAGACUAUGAUAGAGUUGAUUAAUGCAAUUCGGGGUAAGAGAUUGCUUCCUCUCACUUAUAUCCCCACCAAAAAUAAAGACGAAAUGAUAAAAGGCGAGGCUAGAACAAGUUUAUAUUCUGUUGCGAAUCAAAAGAACAUCCAUGAUACAAAAAACAAGAUAGCUGCAGCAGUGACAGCUGCUGAAGAGAUCACUGACGAGGCCAGAGCAAAGAUGGCUGCUAAUGAUAUUUUCAGUACACUAGCAGGGUCUGAAGAUGCAGGGUAUGUGGACUUAGAAAAACUAUUAGAAUUUGUGAAAGAUGAGAAAGUGAAGGAUCAGUUCCAAGGUUUAGCAGAAGAUCAACAGAGGAAAACUGAGACUGAAAAGAGCAAUGCAGAAGAUAAAGAAACUGCAGGACAUGUACAGAUCAAUACAGAACAAAAACAGAGCGAGACACAGAGCAAUACAGAAGGGAAAUAUAUCAAGAAAUCAGUUUUCAGGAACUGGGUGGUAGAUAUCUACAGGGACCAUGAUUCACUGAAUAACACCUUAAAGCAUAGCAAAACAGCAAUUGAUGAGUUGAAUGUGAUUGCUUCUGUGAUUGUGCUAGUUGUAAUCAUCGUCAUGUGGUUACUUUUCAUGGAAUUUUUAAACACAAAAAUACUUCUCUUCUUAUCCUCUCAACUACUUUUGGUGGUUUUCAUGUUUGGAAACACUGUCAAGACUGUUUUUGAGGCUGUCAUCUUCGUGUUUGUGGUACACCCAUUUGAUGUUGGUGAUCGCUGCGUCGUCCAGGGAGUACAGAUGGUGGUUGAAGAGAUGAAUAUAUUGACUACUACUUUUCUGAGAUAUGAUGGUGAAAAGAUAUAUUAUCCAAAUUCAGUUUUGGCAUCCAAACCCCUUGGCAACUUUUACAGAAGUCCCCCAAUGAUGGACACAGUGGAAUUUGCAAUUAGUCUUGGCACUCAAAUGGAAACUAUUGAGAAGCUGCAAGAGAAAAUAAAGACGUAUUUGGAAAAUAACCCUAGGCGUUGGCGACACGAUCACAGUGUGCAGUUUAAGGAGAUCGAAGAUGUGAAUAAGAUGAAGGUAGCUCUGUAUGUCAAUCAUACCAUAAACUUUCAGAAUAUUAGUAAGAGGGGUAAGAGAAGAUCUGACCUAAUUCUAGAGAUGAAAAGGAUCUUUGAAGAGCUCAAGAUUGAAUAUCAUCUCCUGCCUCAACAAGUUAACUUAACAAGCUAUGUUGAACCCACAUCCGCACAAGUUCCACUUCCUGGAAACCGAUCCUAUUUCUCAGCUUAAGAUUAAAGAUUGAGCUGUUGUAGUACUGCAAGUUCUGUUAUAUUUUAGUUCAGUGAGGUUUAAAUUCUUAACCGUGUUCCUAAAACAGUCUUAAUCUAAUAUUAAGCUAGGAUCAUACAUUGUAGUACUUAAAAUACUGUCAUAUUUUAGAAUUCUGAUAUCUAUUUUCUAAAAUCUUAAUUUAAUAUCAUGCUGGGGACCAUAUUCUGAGGGUUU